AUGUCCUUCUUGCUCUUAGCCUCCAUCACUUCCCCAAACCCGUUUUCCGAUCUCACCCAGAAAUUCUUCCCAAGUCAGAAUGAUAAGAACUCUUCCCCUGCGCAAGAACUCCCACAAGAUCAAUCCUGCAUCAGCAGGUCUCAGAAGAUCUCCUACCACAAGAAAUCUCCAUCCCCUGUUCCAUCUUCCUACUUCCUUUCCAAGCUCCGGGACCACGAACGCCGUCACAAAAACUGCGAGCCUUUCUCCGAACCCUUCAACAGAACAUUACAACUACUCAUCUCCGGUAAGAAUGCUCCGAGCAAUGUAACAGAAUCCGAUUACUGCAGAUACCUAGUCUACAAUGUUAACUUGAAUGGGUUGGGGAACAGAAUCCUUGGCCUUUCCUCUGCUUUCCUCUAUGCUCUGCUCACAAACCGUGUCCUUCUAGUCGAUUUCGGUCCGGACAUGGCCGAUCUCUUCUGUGAGCCCUUUCAGAACUCUACCUGGGUUCUACCAGCUGACUUCCCCUUCAGGAAUGAGUUCUACAGUUCUCAGUUUCGAGAAGCUCAUAGCUUUGGCAGCUUGCUGAUGAAAAACGCCAAAUUCACCCACUUGGCUCCACCGCCAUCACUCCUCCAUCUCUUUCUUUCCUUUGAGUACAGUAAAUACGACAAGCUUUUCUACAGGGACGAGAACCAGGAGUUUCUCCAGGGAGUCCCAUGGCUCACUCUCAGAUCGGAUCAGUACUUCAUUCCUUACCUUUUCCUGAUGCCCUGUUUCAAGCCAGAACUGGAGAGACUUUUUCCUGAUAAGGAAACAGUUUUCCAUCAUCUGGGGAGAUACCUAUUCAGCCCUUCGAAUCAAGCUUGGGGACUCAUCACCAGAUUCUACGACGCGUACUUGGCGAGAGCGGAUGAGAGAAUCGGACUUCAGAUUCGAGUGUUCAACCCUACAGCAACCCCGAUCCCACUCUUCACGAAGCAGAUUUUGCAGUGCACACAGAAGGUUAGCCUCCUGCCGCAGCUUCAAGAGUCAACGGCUUCUUCUUCAGCUGGUGGUAGCAACAAGACAACCUCGACAACUAUGAAGGCUGUCCUGAUCGGUUCGUUGUACCGCGAAUUCUACGAAGAGAUGAAGUUCAUGUACUGGACGAGAGCGAGUGUUGAUGGUGGACAAGUGGUAGGCUUCCACCAGGCGAGUCACGAAGGGAGUCAGCAUUCGGAGAGCCACUCGCACAACAUGAAGGCGUGGGCUGAUAUGUAUCUGUUGAGCUUGUGUGAUGCUUUGGUGACAAGUCCUUGGUCGACUUUCGGGUACGUUGCUCAAGGGAUUGGUGUAAUGAAGCCAUGGAUUCUGAACGUUCCCAACGACAGGGAUGGUGAUCAGAAGAGGCAGCCCGAAACGGCUUGCACACAGGCGGUUUCCAUGGAGCCGUGCUUCCAUUUCCCGCCUAGCUAUGACAUGAGGGCCAAGGUCAUAGUUGAUCGUGAAGCAGGGCUCCGUCCUCCGGUUGUGCAUUGUGAAGAUGUGAGAUGGGGAUUAAAGCUUGCGAAUGGUCGCGAAAAUUGA